UGAUGAUCUGUGUAGCCAUAGCAGUGCCACCUGUCAGUGUCCAUCAGUGCCAGCUCUCAGGGCUCAUCCAUGCCACCUGCCUGUGCCCAUCAGUGCCACAUCAAUGCCACAUAUCAGUGCCUACCAGUGCACAUCAAUGCCACAUAUCAGUGCCCAUCUGAGCUGCCUUUCAGUGUCACCCAUCAGCGCCACCUAUCAAUGGCAGUCAGCGCCACCUAUCAGUGCCAGUCAGUGCCGCCUAUCAGUGUGCAUCAGUGCCGCCUAUCAGUGCCUGUCAGUGCUGCCUAUCAGUGCAGCCUAACAGUGCCAGUCAGUGCCACCUAACAGUGCCAGUCAGUGCCGCCUAUCAGUGCCAGUCAGUGCCGCCUAUCAGUGCCAUAUAUGAGUACUGCUUUUCAGUGCCCAUCAGUGAUGUUUGUCAAUGCCCAUCAGUGCCACCUACCAGUGCCUCCUCAUCAGUG